GCCGCUCUGCUCCUGCCUCCUGCUGCCCCUCACGCCAGCUCAGGAGGAGCCAUGGGGCGCUGGGCCUGGGUCCCCAGCCCCUGCCCUCUGCCCAGGCUGUCCCUGCUGCUGCUGCUGCUGCUGGCACCUCAGGAGGCCCGGCCCCAGGCCGGCAGGAGCCAUACGGAAACCCCAAAACCUAAUGCCACAGUGAUCCCUGGAACCCCCAUGAUCCCCGUGACGUCGGUGACUCCCAACACGAACGCUUCAGAGGCAGAGGGACCUGGUGGUGAGGGACUCACUCCUCUGCCUGGCAGCAGCCCUGGGGGCCCAGUGCUCACCGAGGACGGGCGGCCGUGCAGCUUCCCCUUCCGCUAUGGCGGCCGCAUGCUCCACUCCUGCACUUCGGAGGGAAGCGCCCACAGGAAAUGGUGUGCCACGACUCACAACUAUGACCGGGACAGGGCCUGGGGCUACUGUGUGCAGUUCUCCGCGCCCCGGGAGGACCCAGCUGCCCCGGAUCCCUGCUCCUCCAGCCCCUGCCGCAACGGGGGCUCGUGCUCCAACACCCAGGCCCCCGAGUCCUACCAUUGCACCUGCCCCGUGGCCUUCACGGGCAAGGACUGUGGCACCGAGAAAUGCUUCGACGAGACGCGCUACGAGUACUUGGAGGAGGGCGACCGCUGGGCCCGCGUGCACCAGGGCCGGGUGGAGCGGUGCGAGUGCGCGGGGGGCCGGGUCCAGUGCGAGGGCACCCGCCACACAGCUUGCCUGAGCAGCCCGUGCUUGAACGGGGGCACCUGCCACCUGCUCGUGCCCACGGGGACCUCCGUAUGCGCCUGCCCCCCAGGCUAUGUCGGGCGGCUCUGCAACAUCGGUGAGUCGAGUUGCUUGGCCUUCCAGCCACGUGGGUCGGUCUCCUGGCCCUGCACCCUGGGGACCGGGAGUCAGGGUGGACGCAGCCUCGGGCCCGGGCUCACCCAGCCCACGCCGCCCACAGUGCCCGCCCAUCGCUGCUUCAAGGGGGACGGCACCGAGUACCGAGGCGUGGCCAGCACUGCUGCUUCGGGCCUCAGCUGCCUGGCCUGGAACUCCGACCUGCUCUACCAGGAGCUGCACGUGGACUCCGUGGGCGCCGCGGCCCUGCUCGGCCUGGGCCCCCAUGCCUACUGCAGGAACCCAGACAAGGACGAGCGGCCCUGGUGCUACGUGGUGAAGGACAGCGCGCUAUCCUGGGAGUACUGCCGCCUGGCGGCCUGCGGAUCCCUUGCCAGAAUUCAGCCCCUGCCCCCCGAGGUCCUGCUGACCCUGCCUGAGCCCGCCCCAGCUGGACGCCAGACCUGUGGCAAGCGGCACAAGAAGAGGAGCUUCCUACGGCCACGCAUCAUCGGUGGCUCCUCCUCCCUGCCCGGCUCCCACCCCUGGCUGGCCGCCAUCUACAUUGGGAACAACUUCUGCGCUGGGAGCCUUGUCCACACCUGCUGGGUGGUGUCUGCGGCCCACUGCUUUUCCAACAGCCCCCCCAGGGACAGUGUCUCGGUGGUCCUGGGUCAGCACUUCUUCAACCGUACAACGGACGUUACACAGACAUUUGGCAUCGAGAAGUACAUCCUGUACCCCCUGUACUCGGUGUUCAAUCCCAGUGACCACGACCUCGUCCUGAUCCGGCUGAAGAAGAAGGGGGACCGCUGUGCCGUCCGCUCCCAGUUUGUCCAGCCCAUCUGCCUGCCUGAGCCCGGCAGCCCAUUCCCUGCUGGACACAAGUGCCAGAUUUCGGGCUGGGGCCACCAGAACGAGAACGUGAGCGGCUACUCCAGCUCCCUGCGGGAGGCGCUGGUGCCCCUGGUCGCCGACCACAAGUGCAGCAGCCCGGAGGUCUACGGGGCCGACAUCAGCCCCAACAUGCUGUGCGCCGGCUACUUCGACUGCAAGUCAGACGCUUGCCAGGGGGACUCUGGCGGGCCCCUGGCCUGUGAGAAGAACGGUGUGGCCCACCUGUACGGCAUCAUCAGCUGGGGCGACGGCUGCGGGCGCCUCAAUAAGCCUGGUGUCUACACCCGCGUGGCCAAUUACGUGGACUGGAUCAACGACCGGAUUCGGCCCCCUAAGCGGCCUGAGGAUCGCUCCUGAGACCCCCGGGGGGCAUCCUGCCUCCGCACCGUUCCCCGCCUCGCUGGCAAUAAAGACGUUUCCAGG